AAAAGAUGAGAAUUUGGACAAGACCCACUCCCUUCCUUCACAUAAUCAGUGGUGCCUUCUCUUCUUCGUGGUGUCAUGGAUUUCCUGUGGAAGCCAAUUGUCUUUACAGCAGCAGCUUUGGGUGUACUACUCUUAUCUCUGUUCACUAUCCGAUCGCACAAGAAGAAGGAUAGAAAGUACCAUCCCGUUGCCGGCACAAAAUUGAAUCAGAUACUCAAUUUCAAUAGGUUGCACCAUUUUAUGACAGAACUUACUGCUAAGCACAAGACAUACAGGCUUCUUGCCCCUUUUAGGAGUGAAAUCUACACCGCUGAACCUGCAAAUGUUGAGUACAUACUCAAAACCAAUUUUGAGAAUUAUGGCAAGGGCUGGUAUAACUACAACAUCCUAAGGGGUUUGCUAGGGGAUGGAAUUUUCACAGUUGAUGGUGAUAAGUGGCGCCAACAGAGAAAGAUUUCGAGCUACGAAUUCUCUACGAGGAUGCUAAGGGAUUUCAGCAGCAUGGUCUUCCUGAAAAAUGCCACAAAACUUGCUAAUAUUGUCUCCGAAGCUGCAAAAUCCAACCAAAUUAUGGAUAUACAAGAUUUGUUUAUGAAAUCGACUUUGGAUUCGAUAUUUAAAGUUGCUUUUGGAGUUGAGCUAGACAGUAUGCUUGGAUCAAAUGAAGAAGGCACAAGUUUUAGCAAUGCUUUUGAUAAUGCGAGUGCUAUGACCCUUUGGCGAUACGUUGACAUCUUCUGGCAGAUUAAGAAGUUUUUAAACAUUGGAUCUGAAGCAGCAUUAAAGAAAAAUGUUAAAGUGGUCAAUGAUUUCGUGUACAAGCUAAUACAUAGUAAGAUUGAACAGAUGGACAGGUUACAGGACAAUUCCUCUGUGAAGAAAGAAGACAUCUUGUCUAGGUUUCUUGAAGUAGGUGGUACUGAUCCAACCUACCUACGAGAUAUCAUACUAAACUUCAUAAUAGCUGGGAAAGACACUACUGCAGCCGCACUAUCCUGGUUCAUCUACAUGCUAUGUAAGAAUCCUGGAAUACAAGAUAAGGUUGCUCAAGAAAUUAAAGAAGCCCUUAAAGUGAAAGAAGUUAAACGUAUUGAAGAAUAUUCGGCACAUGUCAAUGAAGAAGCUCUAGAAAAGCUGCAAUAUCUCCAUGCAGCUAUAACCGAAACUCUUAGACUCUAUCCUUCCGUGCCAGUGGAUGCAAAGAUUUGCCUUUCCGAUGAUACAUUACCAGAUGGAUUUAGUGUAAGGAAAGGAGAUAUGGUGGCAUACCAACCUUAUGCAAUGGGAAGGAUGAAAUUCUUAUGGGGUGAUGAUGCAGAGGAGUUCAAACCAGAGAGAUGGCUCAAUGAGGACGGUAUGUUCCAGCAAGAGAGUCCCUUCAAGUUUACAGCUUUCCAGGCAGGGCCGCGAAUUUGUCUGGGGAAGGAAUUUGCUUAUAGGCAAAUGAAGAUCUUUUCUGCUGUCUUGUUAGGUUGUUUUGUGUUCGAACUCGGUGACAGCAACAAAACAGUCAACUAUAGGACAAUGAUCAAUCUGCACAUUGAUGGAGGACUCCAUGUUCGGGCUUCUUACAGAGAUCAAAGAUGACUUUUUUUGUAAAAUACAUAUUUGAAGCUCUAUAUGAAAAUAAGGUAAGGUAGAGGCCUCCAUGUUUUGGCCCCUUAUAGAUGCUGAAGUUUACUUUGUAAAACAUCAUGCUUGCCGUUUCUGAAUGUAAUUACUCAAGCCUUGAUCUAUCCUUAUAAAGACAAUAUGGCUGUAAUCACUCAUCUAUUGAACAGGAAAUGACAUAUAUAAAUUGCAAUGGCUCCUA